UUGGCUUCCCUGUAGGUGGAGGCUGGAGCCUGCUGGACCUUCAGAUGCCAAGAGGAGGGGCUCUGAGGCUUUGUUGUUAUAGUAAAGACUCAACCGCGGUCAGCGUUUUCCCUGACCGGGUCACGCGUUUCUUCUGUUCACUUUUCCCGGUGCAAAAACAAUUGCGGAUUGUCUUCUAAGAGCGUCAAAGAAGAAAGCAGAGGAAACAACGCGGUGAAAGAAAUCAGCUGCAGAGAUAUCCAGUGAUGGUCCGCUGUAAAAAUCAGAGUAUCUGGCUUCAGCUACGAUCUCCACCCCUCCUAACAAGUCUCUGACACUCUGGAUGAACAUUCGACCCAGUGCUCGCCCUCUGACCUUGAAUGUAAUUAGGGUCAUUCCUGCUGUAAUGGAGAAUCCCAGCCUGCUGUCCCUCAUCAUUGCCUUGCUGGGUUUUCUGAGCCCAUGCCUGACAAGACUGACUCCCAGAGUCUCCUUCCCAAUGAGUAGUCCUGGGAGACAUCUCAUCCGCUUUAGUUGCCAUGACGUUAGCAACACCACCACACUGCUGCUGAGUGAGGAUGGAGACAUGCUGUAUGUAGGAGCCCGGGAUGCUGUGUUAGCAUUGGAUGUUAGCCACAAGGACACCAUCAUACUGAGGAGUAAGCUCGACUGGAGCCCUUCAGAGAAAGACCUUGAACAAUGUUCAAUGAAAGGCAAGAAAAUGGCCGACUGUCCGAAUUUCAUUCGUGUACUGCAGUUCUUAAACACCACCCACAUCUAUGCCUGUGGAACAUUUGCCUUCAGUCCACGCUGCACCUACAUUCACUCGGAGACGUUAACAAUGAGCAUCAAGCCUGAUGAAGGAAGAGGUCGCUGCCCUUAUGACCCCUACCAACGCAACACUGCUAUCAUCGUAGAUGGAGAGCUUUAUACCGGGACCGUUGCAGACUACAGGGGGAACCGGCCAGUCAUCUCCCGGCACCUCAGUGAGGCCAGGCGUGUUGACCUGAAGUUGGAUGAUACAUUAGGAUGGCUGGAGGAUCCAACCUUCAUCAGUUCCAGUUUCAGUCCUGAUGAGGAGAAAAUCUACUUUUUCUUCAGUGAAGUCGGCAGAGAGUAUGACUUCAUCGACAAAUUUAUCGUUUCUCGUGUUGCUCAGAUCUGCAUGAGUGAUGUUGGAGGUCAGCGGACCCUCCAGCGACGCUGGACCACGUUUGCCAAAGCUCAACUGUUGUGCCAGGCUGACAAUGAGCUGCCCUACAAUGUGAUCCAAGACAUAGACACCCUCCCACCAGCAGAGGGAGCUCCUGCAGAUGACACAGUCUUUUAUGGCAUCUUCACCUCCCAAUGGUCUGUCAACUCUGGACAGUCAGCAGUGUGUUCAUUCCGCCUGACUGACAUCAAAUCAGUUUUCUCUGGUAACUACAAAGUCCUGAACCGGGACACAUUACAGUGGAGCACACGGGUUCAAGAGAAGGUGGCAAAUCCAGGAGAGUGUGGCCUGCACAACGCGUCUGACAACGCCCUGCGCUUUGUCAAAGAAAACUUCCUGGCAGACGAGAGUGUGCGACCUGUUGGAAGAAGUCUGAGCAUGGUGUCUGCUGAUCACAACUACAGCCAUCUGACUGUCCAGAGAGUAAAGUGUGCCAACAGCAAAGACUACACUGUCCUGUUUCUGCUUACAGAGUCCGGUUACAUACACAAAGCAGUGUUGCUGCAGAGUGGGGCCCACAUCAUAGAGGAGAUCCAGGUGUUUGAGCAGCCUCAGCCUGUCAAGAGCCUGAAGCUUUCCAUACCCAAGAGUAUGAUCUAUGUUGGCACAUCAGAGGGUGUGGUGAGGGUUCCAACUGCCAACUGCUCUUUCUACUGGACCUGUCCUCAGUGUGUUCUGGCCCGAGACCCCUUCUGUGGUUGGGACCCUACCAGCAAGGCCUGUGUUGAGGCCUCGAACACCCAGACUAGUCUAGGCCAGGACAUAGACAAAGGGGAUGUUGAAGAGGCAUGCAACAGUGUUUCAUUUACACAUAGAGCCAGAUUUGGUCCAAACAAACUGCCUGCAGGUGAGCUGGUGACAGUGUCUCUGAAUGAAGUGGUGCGGCUGCAGUGUCCCGGAGCGUCGCAGCUCUCAAAGCAGCUGUGGGAGCGUCCCAACAGCCGGCUGUCCUCAGACCUGUACCUGCACCUAGAAGAUGGGAGUCUGAGCUUUGUGGCCACCCCUGCCACACUGGGCCACUACCUCUGCCUGUCCACUGAGAAUGGCUACCAACAGACUAUGGCCAUAUAUCAUGUCAAACAGAAGAGCAUCCUCAUGGCUCAAACUCCAGGCUACACCUGGCCUCAGACACAUCCCAUACCCACCACACAGGCUGUGGCCAGGCUGGGGCCUGGACUGCAUGCCUCUGUGGGGACUUGGCCUAAAAGAGCAGACACAAGACAACAAGAGACUGAGCCAACACAGUCCAGCAGGGACACUCAGGUCACCCCCAGACAGCGGGGUAGAAAUGUGACUUUUCGGACAGAGGAAUCUAGGCAGAAAGAGGCAGAGUUUCGGGAUGGGGAGCUCCUGCUGUUGGCCCGAGGCCCCUGCUACCUAAAGGAGCUUGUAGUUGUGUCAGUUCUGCUAGUUCUCUGCCUCAGUCUGCUAAUCACAAUGCUUCUGUAUGUCGUCAGACAACGCUGCCGCAGCCGAACAGCCCCACAGGCAGGAACUCCAACCAGACACUCUGACAGAAGGACUCCCGUGGAGCAGGAGGCCCUCAGGGAGAACCAGUUUCUGAGCAAACGCAACGGACAAGCCCUGCACAGCGGACAGGCCAGUAGGUUAGUUUGUAAUGGGGCACUCACAGGUUCUAAUGGGCAUUUGCCCAACACCCCCAUCUGAACAGUUACAUAUGAGAUUAGAGGUGAGAGGAGGCCAUCCCAGCUACCAGAUUCACCAUGGUGACUGUCAGUCAGCCCAGUGCAUGGUUCUGUUUGCACACUCACUGACACGGUACACUGUGGACUCUGAUCCUGAUCGGUAAGAUUUGAAUCUAAUAGGAUGAAAGUCAAUCUUCCUGUGGUACUUAAAUGGAGACACGACUGUUAAGAUGGGACUUUUUUGUUGUUGCCAGACACUGAAACACAUUGACUGUUAUGUUCUGAAUGUUCUAUGUGUGUUGUUACUUAUUAGACAGUAUCACUUGACACAGAAAGGUACAAGCUGAUCCAGUACAGCUGGUUCCUUGAAUAUUUUUAUAGACUAGUAAGUGUUUGAUGUUAAGCCAGUGACCACUUAAUUGCAUUUUCAAGUGUUUAUUUAAAAUGCACAUAAACAGAAUGUUAGAUUUUCAAAAGUCCUUUCUCGUUUGAGAAGAGUCUGGGCCUGUGUUCAUCAAACAUCUCAGAAUCUCAUAUUUUACAUACAUGCAGACCAGACAUGGCUUUGUAUGCAACUCUGCUAAAUCUUUUGGAGGGAACUUGAUACCUGGGUUAUGUUUAUCGGCCAGGUUUUCCCAAGUCCAGUAAGUAUGAGGUUCUGUAACAUAAGUAGGUGCUCAGAGUGGAUGACCAUACCGAAUGUAUCUGUACUACAUAAAAAGGCCACAGAGAUCAGACCAUUAGGCUUAUUUCUCUUUCGCUUGUGAGAUGGUAUUACACACAUAAUGUGAAUGUGCCUUGGCUACAGUGGAGCUGAUGCUUUGGUGGAGCUGUUGAUCCACUCUCACAGAUUUCCUGUGCAUCAUACACACUGGGCCAUUUGGACACAACAUCAAUACACAUGCAGCCAUGACCUGUUACAUGAUGACACAGUGCUGUUACUCUCUGUUUUCACAAGCACUUCAAUAAAGAGGUUACAGUCAG